AUGGCUGACCGAAAGUCAAUCACUUAUACGUUCGAUAAGCUCGAAGAUUGGCAAGAGGCACUCGAGGCAACAAACGCUAUAGUUACUGAAGACACUGGUGCCAAAUUCUGGAAGAGCACUCGGUCUAUGCCACCCAUAUGUUUUCCUCCGCCUAUGACUCAACAGGCGAUUGAAAAGCUGAAGGAGUUUAAAGGCAUAGUUGUGGAAGAUCUUCCCGAAGAGAAGUAA